UGUUGCUGUUGCUGAUGUAUAGUGAUGUGAUGUCAGUGUUGUGACCGCCGCUUUAGAAAAAGAACUGGAAAUCCGAGAAUCUUAAAACGGAAAUUACAUAAUGUGCUUGAUUCGUAUUUAAAGUGUUGAAAACCGGAAAGAAAACCACCUGCAACAAUGUUCUCCUGCUGUCGAUCUAACCCCAAGGCGGGCAAGAGGGAAAAGGAUAAAAAGAACGAGGAUGAUGAAGUGCAAGCCAACGAAAAGGGGGAAUCCCAGCUGAAUGGCAAGUCAGAGAUUCAAAAGGAGUCAUCAAAUGAGGAGCCCCUAAAACCAGAAAAGCAGGCCAUCGAAGCGGAUAAUCCAACAGAUGAAGGCAUCAAGGCAAACACUGCCCAACAAACUCAGGCUGAAGCAGCUAAUAAAUCACCACCAGCUCCAGCACAACCAGCACUAGUUGAAUCGCCAAAGACAGAUCCCGCACCCAAAGAAACGGAGGGAUUGGCCCGCUCCACACAUUCUUCCACAUCGACGGCACCGCCUGCUUCGAUGACCAGCGGCGAUGCAGAGGAAGCGGAUGAAGUUGUUGUGUCUGCAGUUAUUCCGACCACACCGCCUCCUCAACCACCGCCCACCAAGAGCUGUCUGUCUAGACAUAACUCCACACAUCAGUCAAUCAAGAAAAAGGUGAACAUCAGUAACCGGGCGGAGAUCAUUGAGCCAGAUCCAGUGCCCCUGCUUCUACUGGCCAGCCAGAAUCAGAAUUCCCUGCUGGACGAUGACGAGGUGUUCUCUGACUCACUGCCUCCGCCGAAACGGGAAAGCAUGUGUGCACCGUACAUCGAAGGGGAUGUCGUUUCGGAGACACUAUUCUUUGCCCACGGAUUGCCCUCCUGGUUCGACGACGAGCGACUCAAUGAGAUCGGCUGCAUCGAGCCACCGGUAACGCCGGUGGGACGCGACGAGUUGGAGCUGAAGCGCCAGCGUCUCUACACGGAGCUCCUGCGGGCUGCUCAUGCGGCUGUGGAGCACAGCGUGGCCGUGCGGGAUAACGAGCCGGAAGCCAAGCCUACGGCCGCUGUCGAGCAUUUGGAGAGCAUUUGCGAGCGUCUGGAGACCCUCGUCGACCGAUUGGAACGGACUUUAACAGCGCCUAUACCAAUUGAUUUGCCCACGCCCACACUCCCGCCUCCACCAGUUGAAGAAGAAGUUGAAGAAGCUCUUCCAGUUGUGAAAAAAGUAGACAAACCACAACCACCAUCUUUGCCGCCCAGCAACAACAUGAGUGUCAACGGAUUUGAGGACAUUGUAGCGGGUCCGCUAAGCCAAUAUCUAUCCCUAUCCGCCAAAAUUGGUGGUGAUGUUGCUCAGCAUGCGGAGCUCGUGAAGAGCGCUUUUGGCUUCCAACUGCAGUAUGUAACGCUGGCCACCCAGAUUGCUCAGCCAGCACAGCCCAAGCAGGCAGAGCUCCUUAAACCGACCUCGACGCAAAUCAGCGCCAUCCAGGACUUCCGCGAGAAGCAUCGUUCUUCGGCCUUGUUCAACCACCUGUCGGCCAUCAGUGAGAGCAUUCCCGCUUUGGGUUGGGUGUGCGUAGAGAAGACUCCUGGCCCCUAUGUCAAGGAGAUGAACGACGCCGGUCAGUUCUACACGAACCGUGUGCUUAAGGAGUGGAAGGAGAAGGAUGUCACGCAUGUGGAAUGGGCUCGCGCCUGGGUUCAGACUCUGACCGAACUGCAGGCCUACAUCCGCCAGUACCACACCACUGGAUUGGUUUGGUCCGGCAAGGGAGCUGCCCCCGCUGGUGGUGCCCCUCCACCACCGCCACCCGGCGGUCUGCCCCCACCACCACCGAUGCUGGAUCUGAGCGCCCUGAAGCUAGAGAGCGGCGGAGAUGAUCGCAGCGCUUUAUUCGCCCAGAUCAACCAGGGUGCCGAUAUUACCAAGGGCUUGAAGAAGGUCACUGGGGACAUGCAGACCCACAAAAAUCCUUCUCUGCGCACUGGACCGGCUCCGUUCAAAUCUCCGGCCCAAUCAGGAGGCAAUCAAACCGUUGCCGCCCCAUCGGUUGCACCUGCUAAGGCGCCCGUUUUCGAGCGCGAUGGCAAAAAGUGGAUCAUUGAGUACCAGAAGAACAACACUGGAUUGCUGGUUGAGAACGCCGAGAUGAACAAUGUGGUUUACGUCUUCCGUUGCGAGGGAUCCACGUUGACUGUCAAGGGCAAGGUGAACAACAUCGUGUUUGACUCGUGCAAGAAGUGCUCUCUGCUAUUCGACUCCGUGGUGGCCUCCGUGGAGUUUGUCAAUUGCCAGAGCGUCCAGAUGCAGGUGCUCGGAUCUGUACCAACCGUUUCGAUCGAUAAGACCGACGGUUGCCAGAUGUAUCUGUCUAAGGACUCGCUGGGUGUGGAGAUCGUCAACUCCAAGUCCUCAGAGAUGAACAUCCUCUUGCCCGACGACACCGGCGACUAUACCGAGUUGGCUUUACCGGAGCAGUAUAAGACCACCAUUGCCGGCAAGACCCUCAAGACUGUUUGCGUGGACAGCCUCGGCUAAUGCGGUCCCUCCUAGGGACAAUCCGUUGCUUUUCCAAUUAUCAUCAGCAGCAAGCAUUAGCCAGUGAGCAAUCAUAAUUGUAUUUAAUCUUAAGCGCAAAGUUUUCGUAAUUCAGAGAUUUUUAGAUCAAACUUUUCGUAAUAAUGAUGAUGUUGCCAAACUUUGCUAUCCUGGCUAGUGGAAAGUAUUUAUAUAAUUUAUUUCGAUGGAAAAGCGAUGGCCACAAAGCUGAACCCAAUGUAUUUAUAAAUCAAGAGUGUGUAAUGAAACUGAGCACGAAAUUCGAACUUUUUAAGCAGACUCUUUACUCGAUCAUCAGAAGUAACUCCUUUUUAUAUUCUAUUUAAAUAAAAUUUAAACAUUUUUUAUCAGAUAAA